AUGGGAGCGCAGCGGGGCGGGGAGCAGCUCCAGCCCGUACUCCGGUGGAGUACCGCUGCCAGCAGCAGACUGUCCUCAGCUGUCCUCCUCAGCAUCUUCUGGUUCAUGGAUUAUACAGUUUCCCUCCAAGUGCAACAUCAGCUGGCGGUGUUCCCGACGCACUUCUACCAGGGCUACAGCGUGGAGUUACAGAUGAAGUCAACAGAGGUGGACCAAGGGCUUUUCACAGACAGCUACUGCAAAGUGUGCAGCGCUCAGCUCAUCUCCGAGUCUCAGAGGGUCGCCCAUUAUGAGAGUCGGAAACACGCCAACAAAGUGCGGCUGUACUACAUGCUACAUCCCGUGGAUGGAGGCUGCCCCGCCAAGAAGCUCAGAACAGACAAUGGCAGCGACGAGGGCGACGUGGACAAGAAUAAGUGCUGCACUCUGUGUAACAUGUCCUUCACCUCAGCAGUGGUGGCACAGUCACACUACCAGGGAAAAAUCCACGCCAAGAGGCUAAAGCUACUACUGGGAGAGCAGCCUGCCAUCACAACCAAAGAGGCGUCUCCCAGUCCUGUAAAGAGCUCUCCAGAAACGUCUCCCAUGACCUCCCCUCGACAGCGCCGUGACUCAGACCGCUACUGCCAGCUAUGCAACGCCUGGUUCAACAACCCCGGCAUGGCUCAGCAGCAUUAUGACGGCAAAAAGCACAAGAAGAACGCUGCCAGGGCAGAUCUGCUGGAGCAGCUGGGCAAGACCCUGGACAUGGGAGAGAUGAAAGGUCUGAAACGAAGCUACACUUGUGAAGUUUGCAGCGUCACACUCAACUCGGUGGCACAAUACCAUGCACAUCUGCAGGGCUCAAAGCACCAAAACAAUCUGAAGAACCAGAUCUGUGUCCAGUGAGCGUGGACGAGGAUAAAAACCAACUACUGGAUUGAUGUCAGACAAGCUGUGGUCAGCUUGCCCUGCUUUUUCUGCCUCUGCUCUGCUUUUAUUCUCCUCAGCAUCAUUUCUUUUUCUCUUUCUUUCUCCCUCCUGGCUUCUUUCUGUCUGUUUGGCCCUACAGAGGAGGGAAAUAAAGAGAUUUUUGUGACACUAGCACUGCAUCAACUCUCUCACCGUCAGUAUAAAGUCCAUUUAAACAGCUCCUCCAUCGUCGCUGGUCACUGUUAAACCACUGACCUGACAUUCCACUGCAGCUGUGUUCUGUGUUCUUCUAAUCCACUGACAGUCUGUGAGCAUUAAAGUGGAUCCAAUACACGGCAGCCUUUCUAAAAAUGCAUGGACUCAAUACUUUGGAUGUUUACGACUGUAAGUGGAAUUUUUACUUGAGAUAUGAAGUUAGUUUGACCUGAAUGAAACAGAGGAUAUUUAUUUGAAAUUACAAGAGAAGGACUUGUAUUAUUUAGCAUUGUGGGCUUUAACUCUGAGUAAAUCACUGUCUUUGGUUCUGUAUGGCACUCGGUGUAACAUUCUUCUUGCAGUGGACCUAAAACCCCCUUGCAGCUUUGAAGGGGUUGAUGGCAAUAACGGCACUGAUUGGACUUGUACUGUAUGUUGUAAAGGUUUUAUACUGAGCAGUGAAGAACUUUUUCCUGGGCGCUGGUAGAGCUGGAAGAGAACCAGCAGAACUGAAUGGUAUGUCUGCAUUUACACAGGAACACAAGUUGGUUUAUUUUCUUCUUAAUUUAAAGAAUAAAUCUGGUUUACUACAA